CUAAUCUGGCCCGGUCAGAUCCAGUCCAAUCCAGUCAAACGGCUUCAGACAACUUCACGACUGAAAGAGAAAAGGAAACGAAAAGUCACAGAAAGCACAAUUCGAGGGAGAAUCGGGAAUGGAAGACGAUCAAACCACAGCCGUGGACACGGCCAAGGCCGACAAAUUUGUGUGGCUGAUGAAAUGUCCUCUACUAGUCUCCAGAUCAUGGCAGUCUCAAGCCACCGCCUCCUCAUCAGACGCGCCGCCGGUAGCUAAAGUUGUCGUUUCUCUCGAUCUUCUUCCCAAGGAUCCGGACGAACCCGUUGAUAAUUCUCCCGAAUUUGCAAUGGAAAUGAUUGGCAAUGAAGGUGGGAACGCCCCAAAAAGUUACUGCUUGAAUAUGACCAAUGACUUCGUCCCAAUGUGUAUAUUCUCACAGUCAAGUCAAGGAAAGGUUGCCACGGAAGGAAAAGUUGAGUAUAAAUUUGACAUGAAGCCAGCCAAUCGGAAUAUGGAAGAGUACAGAAAACUGUGUCGUGAAAGAACCAACAAAUCAAUGGUCAAGAACAGGCAAAUUCAGGUCAUUGAUAAUGAUCGUGGAGUAAACAUGAGGCCCAUGCCUGGAAUGUUUGGAGUGAUUGCAUCCACUUCUAAGGAGAAGAAGAAGCCAGCUCCAGUUAAGGCUCCUGAAGUCAAAAGAACUAGGAGGGACCGUGGUGAACUGGAAGAUAUCAUGUUUAAACUUUUUGAAAGACAACCUAAUUGGACCUUGAAGAAUCUAGUCCUAGAGACAGAUCAACCUGCGCAAUUUCUGAAGGAGAUACUAAAUGAGCUGUGUGUAUACAAUAAGAGGGGAGCAAACCAAGGUACUUACGAGCUAAAGCCUGAGUACAAGAAAUCUGCAGAGGAUGCAGGUGCUGAAUAAUAGCCUUCUUUCUCUGACUGUAUAUUAGACUUGCGAAGCAAGAAUGAGUUGUUAAUCAUGAGUUCCAGAUGAUCAGAGGUAUACUUUAGUUUUUCAAGAGUCAAUUGUAUUGCAGUGGUGGAUAUUGUUGUUUAUCUUGGAAAAGAGGUAGAGGACCACGAAUGUGCCCAUAUAAUGACAUACACUAUAAUUCAUUCUCAGCUUUACCUUAUAUUGGAGUGUGAUGAAUCUAUGUUUAGAUUCAUAUUCUCUUGUUUCCAUUUUUUAAAAA